UGCGUCAGUCAGCGGGCAGGGCACGUCCCCUGAGGGGGGCGGGAGGGGGGUGUCACACCGCCUCCUGCCCGGGCUGCCGAGCUUGUGCCGGGAGGUUGCGGGCGCCGCCGCUGCUGCUCCGAGCCAGAGCCAUGCGGGAGGCGGGCGGCAGCCUGUGCCUGGCGCUCCUGCUCCCGGCGCUGCUCGGCUUGGAGUUCAGCUAUCACCGCAGCGAGCAGCUGGGGACGUUCCUGGAGGAGGUGCACCGGCGGCACCCCUCCAUCACCGCCCUGCACAGCGUCGGGCGGUCCGUGGCAGGUAGAGACCUGUGGGUUCUUGUUCUGGGAAGGUUUCCAACCCAACAUACCAUUGGCAUACCAGAAUUCAAGUAUAUUGCUAAUAUGCAUGGGGAUGAGACCGUUGGGAGGGAGCUGCUGCUCCAUUUGAUAGACUUCCUGGUGACCAACGAUCAGAGCGAUCCAGUUGUUACAAAGCUAAUCGAUAGCACGCGGAUUCAUAUCAUGCCAUCAAUGAACCCGGAUGGAUUUGAAGCUACAACAGUGCAUGAUUGUUAUUACUCAGAAGGAAGGUUCAAUAAGAAUGGGAAAGAUCUGAAUAGGAAUUUCCCUGAUGUCUUCAACAGUAACAAUGUUACAAUCCAGCCAGAGACUCAAGCAGUGAUAAAUUGGAUAAAAAAUGAGACGUUUGUUCUUUCAGCUAACUUGCACGGUGGAGCACUGGUUGCCAGUUACACAUUUGAUAACGGUAACCCAGCUACUGGCUCUUUACAAGGCUAUAGCAGAUCCCAAGAUGAUGAUGUUUUCAUACACCUUGCAAAAACCUACUCUUCCAACCAUGCCAGCAUGUACAAAGGGAAUGAAUGUGGGAAUAAACCAGUCUUUCCAUAUGGCAUUACAAAUGGGUAUGCCUGGUACCAACUGCAAGGUGGGAUGCAGGAUUACAACUACAUCUGGGGACAAUGUUUUGAAAUUACGUUGGAGUUGUCAUGCUGUAAAUAUCCACCAGCAAGUCAACUUCAGGCAUUCUGGAAUGACAACAAAGCUGCUUUAAUUGAAUACAUUAAACAAGUUCAUCUCGGUAUCAAAGGUCAAGUUCUUGACAGGCAUGGACAGCCUAUACCAAAUGUAAUAGUGGAAGCCAAAGGAAGGGAACAUAUCUGUCCCUAUAGAACCAAUCAACAUGGAGAAUAUUACCUUCUCCUCCUGCCUGGAAGCUAUGUGCUUAAUGCUACAGCACCCGGAUCUGGAUCAAUACUAAAAACACUGCUAGUACCAAACGGUCCUGAAAACUUCAGUGCUUUGAAAUAUGACUUUGUUUUCUCAGAGGUCUCCACCAUAGCAAGAGAUGCUUCGUGCCCUACCAAACCUCUUUAUCCAGAUUUUGAAACCAUUUCAGCAGCAGUAAAACCUACUUUGCAUUUCUUGGCUUUAAUGACUGUUUUGUAUACAGUUUUCAAGGAAGAAUUAGGUGAAACUUGAAAACAUUAUCUCUAGCACAUCAAUGCACAAAUGUGUUUUUUAAGAGCUAAAAGUUGUAUUUGCAAAAGAGUGUAUAUUAUUGUAUAAUUGAAUACCGAGGGUUUUUUUAAUCAAGUUUACUAUAUUUUUAAAAUGUUGGCCGGACAAUCAAUAAAUGUUUUGCCUGUUUAAAUGUA